AACAGCAGCAACAGUAACGGUUAAGAGAACAUAGAAGCUAGCUACUAAACCCAAGGAUUUGGAUUAAAGUCCUUUGUGGAUUAAAAAAAACAACUUUGGUUGAAAUUUAUUUUCUUCCUACAAGUUUCUUGAGGCUGUAGAGAUGCCCCGCUCAGGAACACCAGCUCCUCCCAACACAAAGAAAAAGCCCUGUAAAAUCAUUACUGACCUUUCCAACAUCACACAAAAUGAGGAAGAAGAAACAGAUGUCACUGAGUUUGACCUCGGAACUAAGAUUAAGACACCUAAGGAAGUGAUGCUGGAGGAGCUGUCUCUGAUGAAAGGCAAAGGCUCUAAGAUGUUCAGAAUGAGGCAGCAGAGAGUGGAUAAGUUCAUUAUCAGUGCUGAGAAUCUGCAAAACCUCCAGAACCUGGCACCUCCUAUAGACUGUGAAAAGAUCCCACCUGAGACCCUCCCAAAACCAAGUCCACCAAAAGUAGAACCUGAGACUGAGAAUGAGAAGAAGAGCUGUGAGUAUGUUAAAACAUAUGUCUCACCAUGGGAACAUGCUAUGAAAGACAAUGAUGAGCUCAAAGCCACCAUGAAGCCACAAAUGCCAGGACCUCAUGUGUACAAGGAUCUGCCCCAAUACAAGAGUUUCAAUAGAACAGCGCUGCCUUUUGGAGGAUUUGACAAGGCUUCUCACUUGCUGACCUUCGAGAUCCCUGAGCUCAAGGCUGCUUCUGAAGAGCCAGAGCAAUUUCCUGUGUUCCAGUGUCACAUCGACUCUCGACCAUCUUUUAACCGUACUCCCAUUGGCUGGGUGUGCAGCGAAGAGCCCAGCUACAUUCCCCUGACCACCCUCGAACCUAUCCCCUUCGAACCAGAGACGGAAGACCUCUGAGAUCCAUGUUCUGCUGAUUCAUGCAGGCUAAUAUCUAGCUCAUGUUAACUUAAAUCAUUAUUGUAGUGUUGAAGAUAUUUGCCAAAUCUCUUGGGUAUUGGCAGCUAUGAAGGCACCAGCCAAUAAAUUUCAACAUUGUAUGGUAAUGUACAAAUGAGAUGUAAAUACAGCUAUUUACUAUACAUAACUGAGCUGCGCCACCUCAUAAUAUAAGUUUGCUUAAAAAUGUGAAAAUAAAAUAAAAAAUCAGGACAUGCCAGAAACCUUGUAAUCAUUGCUGUGAAUGAUCUUUCAAUACAUAAAUAAAAGGAAUGCUAUAAAAUAAA